GAGGGGUGGUUGUUGGAGGCAUAUGUGACAGAAGUUUCUGUUUGGAAAACCGCUCAAUGCAAGUUUAAGACUAUGGGUUCAACAGGCAGUUAAAUUAAGAAUGGUCUGUUAAGAACUGUACAGAUCAAGAAUACAAUUGUUGGCUUGCAACACACAAAACUCUCAUUACACUACAGACCUCAGUGCUUGCUUCCGACAGUGAAGGGUUGUGGUGGCUCGACUUGUGGGGGCUAUUAGCUAGGGCCAGCAGUUUGACUCCCCCAUGUGACUGGCAUGGAUUUGAACUUGUAUUUCAAUUGUUAUCCUCUAGGAGGAGUCCCCGUAGGCACAUCAACUGCACAGUCAAGUGACUACUUAGACAAUGACGUUUCCAAUUGAGACAUUCAAAUUUGUUGUUGUUUAUCUCACAUGGGGAGAGUCAGGGUGGAAAGUGAAAAUGGAUGGAAAUUUAAAUGCUAUGAAAAACAUAUUAAUAAGUGUCAAUUACUUCAUCAGCAUAGAUUACUGAGGUGGUGCAAAUGAAAUAAUUGUUUGAGAAGGGACUGAACAAAAAGGCUAUCGCAACCUCUAGCUGAUAGAAGACUGAACUACAAUGUGAGAAAACUGGGGAGACAAACCGGCGGCUGUAGGAAUAGCAUAGUUAGGUUGCAUUAAUUUCCUUAGAAGACAACUUCAAUGCAAUUUAAUGGUUGUGAGUGAUCACCUUCAUCCAUGUUGCAGGAUUUAUUUCCUAUCGGGCAGAGUGUCUACCAGGAUGACAAAUGUUCCUAUUCAAAUGGCAGGUGUGGGUUACCCAAUGGUUUGAUGACCAUGACAAUAAAUGUUAUCCAUAUCCCAUAGCCUCCCCAGACACUAGACCUGAACCAAACAGAGCCAACUGAACCGACUUCCACCUCCAUCAGCAAGACAUGAGUUAAUUAACUUAUUGGUGGAAGACUGGUGUUGUAUUUAGUAAAAUUCCAGAUGCUAAUACAUGCAAUGCCACAAGCGAUUGUCGGUACGUGGUGGCCCAACGCCCUAUUAAGUGACUUUGUAUUGGUGUGUCUACCAUCUGGACACUACCUGUAAAUAUAAUCAACUCAAUUUUGUGGUAUUAUGUACAGGGCAAUCGCUAGUUGGGUGGAAGGUGGUGACAAUCCUAGGGGCCCACAGCUUGAGGGGGCCCACAGCUGAAAAAUCCUAUUAGUUCUAUAUAAAAAGGGGGGCCCAGAACAAUAUUUUUUCAGGCGGCCAAGAAUUCCUAGCAACGCCUCCUGAUUAUGUAUAGUAAGAGUAGAGCCUACUACUCACAACAAUUUUGCUUUAAUCCAAGAAUACGAGAUACCUGAAUGGCACGCAAAGUCGUGGUACAUGCAAACAGUAUUUUAUGAUGAACUUCAGCCAGUUACGAAUUCAGGAACUAUUCAGAGCUAGAACGCGUUUCUCCGGGGGAGAGAUUCAAUUGUAACACCACAGCUGGCAAGCGCACUACGGUGUGUGUUUUGUAUGUGGUAGAUCUGUGGAAUUGAGUAUUUCAAAGGUCCGAAAUUGUUAUAGGUACGGUUUUCUGAAAGAAAGGGAAAAGAGUUUUGUGCUUAGCUGUCAUAUGUAGUUAGCUAUAACAACUGCUGUUUGCUUGGAAGAUUCGUUUUAAUGUGCUAUUCCUAAGCGUAAAAUUGACGAUGUCUGCUGUGUUUGACGGGGCUCCGCUGACAGCGAUGCAAUCACCCCAACCUUCUCAUAACUCCAUCAGUCCACAGGAAUUAGCCCUUGAAAUAAAGGCCUUCAUCAGUGGGGUUGAUCAGACGCAGGGUCGUAAACUAAGCAUCCGCGACCAUGCCCGUUGUGCUGUACGUCUCCUCCGUACUGUGCCAGCCUGCCGAGGAGCAGCACUGGAGCACCUUAGAGGGGUGUAUGACGAAUAUGUGAUCACCUUCCUGCAAGACCUGGAUGGGGAAGGUGACAAUGGAGUCAGCAGCAGUGGCAGUUCUGGCUUGGAGGAUGUGAUACAGGAAAUCCACACUGUUUUGUCUGAGUUUGUCCGUCUGAAUCCUAAAGCCUGGGCACCUCUGGUUUCAGCCUGGGCUGUAGAUCUGUUAGGGCAGCUGAGCAGCAAGCACGCGGGCCGACGUGGUGCUCCCCACUCGUCAAGCCUGAACGAACUGCUGCAGCUCUGGAUGUCGUGCACAGCCACCCGUUCCCUCAUGGAGAGUUACUCCCAGUGUCUGGCGGCCAUGUUAGCCUGGUGUCCUGAUGCCUGUGUGGAUGCACUGCUGGACACCUCAGUGCAGCACUCCCCACACUUUGACUGGGUUGUUGCCCAUAUCGGAUCCUCCUUCCCUGGCACCAUCAUCAGCCGCGUGCUGGCCUGUGGCCUCAAGGACUUCUGCACCCAUGGGUAUCAGGGGGCCGCCUCUCCUGAAAUACCCAACCAGCAAGGACCCCCGUCAGCAGAAAAGAGCAGCAGGGUUCCUAAAAUUGGCUCAGUGGUAGGGAUCCUGGGACACCUGGCAUCCCGCCACUCAGACAGCAUCAAAAAGGAGCUUCUGCGAAUGUUCCAGGAGAGCCUGUGCCCCGCCCAGCCUGCAUCAGGCGUCGGGCUGAGGGACAGCCCGCUCCAGCUGCGCCGUGCCACUGUGCCCUUCCUUCUGCAGCUGGCGGCUCUGUCUCCAACCCUACUGGGUGCUGUGUCGGCUGAGCUAGUGGAGACCCUGAGGCCGCCCGUCCUGCUGCAGCUCCAGGCCCAGUUCCAGGGCUUGCCACGCGAGGAGCUGGACAACAUGCUGGGCCUGGCCGUACACCUGAUCAGCCAGAGCCCUGCCGGUGGACCCCGUGUCCUGCGCUUCCUGGUGGACACCGCCACGCCAGCCUCCGUCAUCAUGUCAGGUCUGGCGCCGGCCCCGCACGAGGGGGUGAGAGAGGCCUGCGACCGCCUGCUCCAGCUACUCCUGCUUCACCUGCACAAGCUGGUCUACAACCGACCUGAAAGCGAUGACGGCUACCCGCUCUCCUCUUCCUCUCCCACCAAUUCAUCCUUCCCUCCCCGUGUGAUCCCCUUCUUGGAGGAGCUGCGGGGACACGUGAGAGAGCUGUGCAUCGAGACGCUGAGGCUCGAACGCAAACGCCACCUCUGGCUGCACCAGCUGCUGUGCCUGCUCUCUGUGUACGGGGGUGCCAGUGUAGCUACUGAGGCUCUGUGCCAGCUCCUGACUCUGGCCCAAACCCCAGAGGAGCUGGCUCUGGCUGCCCAGCUACACACUCCACUCUCCACCUCUCUGCCUGGGCUUCUGCCAGCUGCCGUGACGUGUUGUGUGGCCCAAAUCCACACCCAGAGCCUGGGAAGCAAGGAACUGGGACAGCUCCUCAACAACCUUGCUUCAACUGUGCAGAGUCAGGAGGAAGAAGGCAAGGGAGGGAGUGCUGGAGGCACGAGCGCAGCUCAGUCCUCUAUGGCUGCUCAGGUCGGGGCCGCUGUCUCCAGCCACCUCCACGACUUCUGCCCCCUGCUCCUCCAUGGAGACCCAGCAGUGUCCCAGGCCGCCGCUCGCCUCCUGUCCUGCAGUCAGCUGCCUCGAGCCGCCUCUCCAGCACAGCUGCUCGUGAUCUCCAGGGCUGCGGUCGCGCACUUCUUCCUGGCUCUCCGGCUGAGAGACGACGGCAACGGGAAAGCCGGAGGAGGUGGAAGAGAAGCGGUGAGCUGCUCGAUCCGCCUUCUGUCCCGCCUGGCCGCCUUUUCCGCGCUCACCCUAAAGUCUGUUCUUCAGCAGCUGGUGGAGGGCGCCUUGCACCAGGGAAAUGCUGAUUUAUUUGGAGGCCAACAAGAAGAAACUGGUGGAGACACUUCUCUUACUCCAGACUUGGGAGCCUCUCUACUGGACAUCAACUGCAAGUUUGGCACCACGGUCAACUUUGCAGGAAGCGUGUGGUCUGUGUUUCAUGCUGGAGUGAUUGGGAAAGGGCUGAAACCACCCCACACCCCAUCACAACCAGCCCCAGACCGGGUCACUGAGAAUCAACAGACCCUGUCCGCUGUAGUCGUUCGGUGUUGUACCUCAAGUGGCAGCGGUACCAACAGCAGCAAUGGUGCAGCCGGUGCCCGCUACCACCACUCAGACCCGCUAUUUGAAGAACCUGCACCUAUCAACGCUGAAGCUGCCAAGGUGAUCGCCGUGGCGCUGGUGGAGAGCGUCUGCCCGGAUGUGGCAAACGGGGAGCUGGCCUGGCCGCCAGAGGAGCACGCCAGGACCACGGUGGAGCGAGACAUUCACAUUCGCCGCUGCUUCGAAGGAAACCCUGUCCUCUUCCACCUCUUGAGUGUGGUGGCAGCCGGCCGCCCUGCGCUGUGCUAUUGCUCGGCAGUUCUGCGGGGGCUGCUGGCUACCUUGCUGGCUCACUGGGAGUCCUCCAGGGAACCGGCUGCCCUGGACUCGCCUUGGCACCUCCAGGCCUCCUGCCUCUUGGUGUCCUGUAUGGGGGAGGGACAGCUCUUGCCCCCUGCGCUGGGCAACGUGCACGAGAUAUUCCCCCACCUGACCCCCUUUGAGGUCAGACUGCUGCUGCUGGCAGUGUGGGAGUACAUGCGCGGAAACAGCCCCAUGCCACAGAAGUUCACCUUCAGCGCCGAAAAAGGGCUGUUCUACCGGGACUUUUCGAGGGAUGGGGAUCUGUCCCGCUACCUUGCUCCCAUCUACAGUGUCUUGCACAAGAACAUUGACCGUCUGGGACAUCUGAGCUGGCGGUUCCAGCUCUGAAAUCAGUAGAAGCGAGUGUAGGGACUGGGAUGGUGGGAGGCAUUCAGGGAAUGGGGAGCUUUAGUAAUACUGAGUAGAUUAGUGGAGUGUGAAUGGGUGGUACUGUGCAGUUUAGGGUUUACUUCUACAUCUUUUUGUGCUUACACACGAAAUUAACAUGAGUUAAUUUCCCUUUUAGUGGAUAGUCUUGUUUUGUUCAUUUGCAUUAUAAACACAUGUUCUUUUUUUUUUGUUCUUUCACAUUCUACAUGGGAUUAAAGUACAAGGAGAAAAGAAGAUUUUUAAAAAACUAAGGAGCAUAGCUAGAUUCCAUCGUAUUUCAUGAAACAUUUUAAUUGCCUCAUACCAACCUCGUGUCGCAUUUCAGAAAUGUGUAAAAAUUUGUUUUCUUUAAAGCCAUUACUAUUUCGGAGCUCUGUUACUGAAGAGGUUUUUGAGCUGUAUUUUCUGAUGUGAGUUUAUCAUAAUUUGUAGUACAUUUCUGCAGUUUCAGGGAAGAAUUUUAGUUUCAAUUUGUCUGUUUCGCACACAUUAUGUGGGGAUGCUUACUAAAGCCUUUCAGGUUUUUGUUAGUAGUCUUACUAGAGUGUGUAUACAUUUGUUCAUUUUGUUGAAUUUCAACCAAGAACUUCAUAUCAUUAAAGCAGAUCUCUAAGGCAGUU